GCCACUAAUUUCUCAAUACCAUUGUCCACAAUGUCUAUGUUGAAGGCAAUUAACAUGGUACCUCCUGGCUGUGAUGCUCAUGCCACAGUCUGCUCAGGCAAUGAUUGCCUCGUUCCUCCGAGUAACUUCAAUGCAAUACUGAGCCAAGUGUUGGCUGUAGUGCUCACUGUGAUGCUUGCUAUGGUCAUGUUCUCCAUGGGUUGCAAUGUGGACGCCGAAAAGCUGUGGGGUCACAUCAAGAGACCCUGGGGCAUUGUCAUUGGUUUCCUCUGUCAGUUUGGCAUUAUGCCCUUCACAGCAUUUGCCUUGUCACUUGCCUUUGGAGUGUUGCCUGUGCAGGCUGUCGUCAUCAUCAUUAUGGGCUGCUGUCCUGGAGGCACUGGUUCUAACAUUAUCUGCUACUGGCUCGAUGGAGACAUGGACCUCAGUAUCAGUAUGACAGCCUGUUCCUCUAUCCUGGCCUUGGGGAUGAUGCCUCUGUGCCUGCUCAUUUACACCACUACCUGGACUUCCAGUGACACCAUCCAGAUUCCUUAUGACAGUAUUGGUAUCACACUAGCGGCUCUUCUCAUCCCAAUUGGUUUUGGAAUGUUAGUGAAGCGCAGGUGGCCCAUCUACGCAAAAAAAAUCCUCAAGGUGGGCUCCAUUGUUGGCUUUCUUCUCAUUAUCGCCAUAGCUGUGGUUGGAGGAGUCCUCUACCAGUCCUCCUGGAACAUCGCUCCCUCCUUAUGGAUAAUUGGUACCAUCUACCCCUUUAUUGGGUUUGGCCUGGGGUUUAUCAUGGCCCGCUUUGUGGGACAACCCUGGUAUAGAUGUCGAACCAUUGCACUGGAGACAGGCUUCCAGAACUCCCAGCUAUGCAGUACCAUUGUCCAGCUCUCCUUCAGCCCAGAAGAGCUGGAAGUCAUGUUUGCAUUCCCCCUCAUCUACAGCAUCUUCCAGCUAGUCGUGGCUGUCCUGUCUGUGGGAGGCUACCAGGCAUACAAACGGUGCUUCGGCAUCGAAUCAGCGGAUGGAGCUCGUGAGGCUGCAUCUUUGGAAGAUGAUGACAUUGACCCAGAAAAGCAAAAGGAAUCUGCUCUGGAAAAUGACGCUUUUGAGUUCAAUGAAAAUGACAAUAGCAAUGUGAAGGACACUUACAAGAACACCAAGCUGUGA